AUGCAUGUUUCUUUACCUCAAACUGCUGACUCAGAAAACCUACAGCAGAAUAUCCCUAUGCAGCCGUUUCCAACGACCACACAUACUACACACACCGGCGACGGUACCUUUCUCUUGGAGCGCCUGUCCGCAUCAAAGAGAGCUGUUCGAGCAGCAUCCUUCUUGAUAACUUUGGAUGACUACAACCUAAUAUCGCUCGGAUACAAACCCGUCAUGUCAAGGAGUCUGUCGCCAUUGACACUUAUAGGGAUAACUCUCACAGCCUCCAAUGUCCUAUGUGGAGUGACAGCACUCUAUGCACUACCACUCACAAAUGGAGGGCCCGCAUGGGCCAUAUGGAGCUAUCUCAUUGUGGGGAUCAUGUCCUGCAUUGUCAGCUUGUGUUUAGCAGAGCUGGCAGCUGCAUAUCCAACAGUCGCUGGAGUGCAUCAUUGGGUAUAUCGGCUAGCCUCCUCGCAUCAGAGGCGGUUCUUGACCUGGAUGACAGGAUGGCUAGCGAUAGCAGGCGCGAUCGCAUCGGCAUCCUCGAUCGCGUUUUGUUUUUCGUCUAUGCUUGGACAAGUCCUAUCGCUGACCUACAGAAUUGAACCGACUCCCGGAAUGCUUGUCAUGUUCCAUCUCGGAGCAGUGCUCUCUUGGCAAGGCUUCAAUCUGCUUUCUGUCCGAGGGUUUGGCUUCGUCUCAGCUUUCUCUGGAAUAUAUAAUUUGGGAGCGACAGUAGCCCUCAUAAUCAUCCUUUUGACCAUCCCGCCACUCGUCGACGCUUCCAUGAUCCGCGUCUCCUUUACUGCCUUUUUGAACUAUUCUGGAAGCACGAGUGCAAUCUAUGCUAGACUCAGCAGUGCCUUGAUGGCGUCAUUUGUCUUUUGUCCACAGGAUACAAUUAUCCGUAUGGCGGAGGAGACUCGACGUCCAGAGCGCAUCAUCCCCAAAUUGAUCAUAGGCUCAAAUGCAAUAAGUUUGGUCCUGGGAUCCCUCUUGAUUAUCGGACUCAACUACGGGGUCAUCCAUCCCAUGAAAGGUUUGCUAGAAGCUAUUCCUGCGGUCAGAGUACUUUUGGUAGCACUCGGUAGACAUCUUGGGAUUAUCUUUGUAUCCAUGACUUUAGUUGGCAUCUUCUUCACUGGUUUGACCCGUCUCACCCUGGCGACACGCGUUGCUUAUGCUUUCUCCAGAGACGCAGGGCUUCCCAAGUCGUCGUACUGGAACCAUUUACACGGAAGACGAAAGACACCGCAACGCGUCUCCUGGGUAGUUGCAGUAGCCUGCAUGGCCGGUAUUUUCCCAUUCUAUUGGGGAGACAUUGACGCCUUCCAUUGGAUCGCCAGUAUUGCAUGCGUUACGACGAAUUUGAGUUUUGUGGUACCGCUGUGGAUUAUGCUGACACGAGAGGGAGCCCUGAAUCAUAUCGCAGGUGCCUUCACCCUCGGUCCACUAUCCAGGCUCAUCUACACCAUAUCCAUUCUAUGGCUCCUCUUCCUUUCGACCAUUUUAUUGUUUCCAAUGACGUUUCCUUUAACGCGAGGAAAUUUCAACUACGCCCCUGCAGCCAUCCUGUGCAUCAUCAUAUUUGCAGCGCUCUCAUGGUCCAAGGCGAAGUACGGCUUCACCGGGACAGCCAAAGAUCAUAGCGGGGCCUCGCAUCGUAUCUCCUCGCCCUUGCACUAUCGCUCAUGUACUACACCUUCUAUUCCGAGAAUUCGCGUCGCGCCUUUGUACCAUUCUUCCACAUCAAAACACCAGAUCCCACUAGGUCCACAACCACUUCAUUCUUUCUCGCAUCUACGAACGGAGUCGGACAUUGAUGGAAUAUCCUUCACCUCUAAACCCUCCUUUACUUACUCGAGAGGGCGCACAGGACCCUCAACUUCAGACAAGAUCCAGGAACCGCAACGUGCACAGAGCGACCGUAGUCUGUCGCGGUCGCUUGGCACAAUGAUAGAUUCGAGAAGUCAGAGCCAGGGACGGGAUAUGGGUCAUAGGCACCACCGGGAUACAAGUGGGCAGCAGUCAGAACGAAUCAAAGACUCUGCUUUAACGAUAACAACGCAGACAUCAAAACAGAUCCGAGCUCAAUCUACAUUAGGAAUCCCACUGUUCAGAUCCCCCGAGAUGGUCCUUGGUGAUAUAAGAACAGUAAGGUCAUUAUCGACACCCUCAUCGCACAGCUUCUAUCAAUCUAUGGGGUUUGUGGGUGGAGAUGGAUCGCAACUACAAAGUGUGCGAGCAUCGUCCGAAUUUGAGUUGACAGGGCCAGUGCUUGGGAAGAACGUGGUUCCGCCUACUACAGUCAGUUCACGCAACAGCCAAUUAUUCCUUGCAACCACGGAUUCAAAGAAGGACGUUGUCUUGACUCAAAGCAUAGGCGAAACCCAACGAGUGGGGCGAUAUAGUGGGCUAAAGGAAUCUUCGCCGUCGACGCGACCACCUAAUGCCACCGAGAGUAUUUUCCCUGGACUUACCCAUACCACCAUCGGUAGCAACAGCAGUGGCGAAAGCAGGUAUGCCAUAGGAACAAAACUGGAGCACAACGUGGAAAGUUAUUUCAAUAUUCUCAAAAACCACAGAGCGAGAUCGCCGUUGUCAUCCCCAGAAACCAUUGUCGGAAGCGCAGUAUCUGCUUCAAAGGAUGUUGAAACCGAGGUUCAGGAUACGACAAUCGACCAUUCAAUAUGA